AUGCGACACAUGCGCAACAACACUCCAGGCUUGGAUGGUGUGGAAGAGGUCCCAUUUGUUGGCGACUUGCCUACAUUCGAUACCCGCGCUAAUACCGAUGUCUUUCAUAUCGCUGAACAUCCCCCUCUGCGAUCUCGCUCACCGUCCCCAGCUCCUUCUAUGACCCCUCGUCGGCCCUGGUACAAAAGGCCCAGUCCUAUAUGGCUGCUGCCGUUGACCAUUACGGGCGCAGUACUUAUGGCCGCAACUAUUGCGCCGCGCCAGGAGCUCUAUAUCAAACUCGCUUGCAACGAACUACGCCCGGAAUAUAUCCUGCUCCCUCCCCCAGCAACAGUUUCAUUUAGCAAUGACAUCCCGAGCGACCCGCAGACACCGAUCUAUGUUCCGCCGCCGGCACCUCCAAACCGGCCCGCAAUCCUGAUCCCGGGACCUAACAAGAUGUGCACGAGCGACCCAAAUGUUAUGGCCGCGACCGCCAAGCUCUCAACGGCACUUACUACGAGCAUGGGCAUACUCAGCUGCCUCACAACUGGCUCGUGGGCUCAGCUCUCGGACCGUAUUGGUCGUACACGCGUCUUAGCAAUUGCCGCGAUCGGCGUCCUAUUUACUGACGCUGUCCUGAUUCUUGUGGCCUUCUAUGCCGAUAUCUUGCCUGGAGGAUAUCGCUUCCUUAUAGUGGGUAAUAUCAUCGAUGGGGCCCUCGGAGGAUGGACAACUUCCAUGGCCAUAUCUCAUGCCUAUGUCUCCGACAUCGUCCAACCUGCCGCGCGCUCUCGUUUAUUCUCUUUUUUUACCGGGGCGUUAUUUGCUGGUAUGGCUGUCGGACCAACUCUCGGUGCUCUCAUAACGCAACACACCAACGACCUCCUCACCGUUUUCUACGUUGCUACUGCCCUUCACGUAACAUAUGCCAUCUUAGCCUUAAUCGUCAUCCCCGAAUCACUUGAUCUUAAAGAUCGCGCCGCAGCCAUGGAACGUUACAAGGCCAACCAAGACCCCAACGCUACCUGGUUCAGUCAUGUCAAGCACGCGGUCUCUACGUUCGCCCGCCCUCUUGUUGUUUUCAUCCCUCAAAAACGGGCGCGUGGUAAAGGCCGGGACUGGAGUUUGACUUGGAUCGGUAUCGCCUUUGCGAGCGCAAUGCUCAACAUGGGCUCCUACACAUUCAAGUUCCAGUAUGCAAUUACCCAAUUUGGUUGGGGCACCACGGAGUUAGGUUACUGGAUGUCAAUUGUGGGCGUAUCGCGCGCCGCGCACCUAUUGCUUAUUCUACCCCUGAUCCUUAGGGGCUUACAAAUGGUUUAUCGCGGAAGGAGGCACACAUACAUCGACUUGUUCGUCGCAAGAUUGUCUCUUGGGAUAGAACUCGUUGGGUAUAUUGUCAUGGGUAUGAUCACAGACACCACCCUGUUUGCAAUCACCACUUGCUGGAUGUCAUUCGGUGGUGGUUUCGCCCCAUCUGUGCAGAGUAUCGCGCUCGCUCUGUCCCAGGACCAAACUGCAGAGAAGCCCAUCGAAUCUGAUUCUCCGGCCUCCGAUUCAGAAUUAGCCUCGAAGCCUACAGGACCUUCCCCAUCCGAGUCUGGCACACUCUUUGGUGCGCUGUCCGUGCUUCAAUCGUUUCUAGCCAAAUUGUGGGCCCUUCUAUUCGGGCUUGUGUUUGUCAGCACUAUUAGCUCGCCCGCGCGCGAUCUUUUGGGCUAG